GGAGCUGCGGUAUCCAUUUGCCCUGUCGCCUUGUAUUGAUACCGGAAUUCCCUCAUGCAUUGCUUGCGACCCGGCGCUUUAUUGACACCAAACGCUUUCCGUGUUACUAUUCAAUUUCUUUCGUCAUAGGAUGGUACUCAUCUUGGCCUCAGAUCUGGAUCUGGAAUCUUUUUUUUAGCCACAUUCCUUUGAUAUAAGCCUAGUUGGGCUGCCCCCACAUUCCAGGCCAUCGCUUCAGGCAACUUCGACUUUCAUUCUGGAACACCUUCCGUAAACGAUAUAUUUUCUACUAUUUUCAUUUGUGAUCGACUUGGUAGUUCAUUUGUCCAUUGUUGAGACUGGUUGCCUACGCUUUGUUGCACUGUCGAAUUGAAAUUGUUAAGGCUGCCUGGUCAAAGACCAUACGUAUAGUCGAAUAAACCGACAUCGCCCAGUGAAUAGUGAUCACUGUCCUCUCGUUUCCUCUCCACUCGGACAAUUUCAGUGCCCUCUUUCAAUCAAGUGUGUUUCACUUCUCUCGUGGCCGUAUUCUUGUUCAGUGUUCCGGUCAUCCACAAUGGAAUCGAUUCUCAGGAGAAAAGGCACGUCUAUGAAUAGGCGUGGAUCUAUUUCUCAGCUGUUACAUAUACAAAAACCCACAUUCUCAGUACUCCAGGAACAACCUACUCGAUAUUAUGAUUUUGUGGACUCCCCCGGCUAUAAUGAGCCAUCAUCGCCUUCAACCCAUCGUCAAUACAUUAGCCCAGAGCUAGAGUCAGACAUUAGAUAUGCUUGCUCAUUACUUGUAUACCGAAUUGAACGCGGCGUGCCGUCACCACCGGCCAACCAAUCGUCUAAGCCGUCGACACGUAUGGGAAACGAGAAAGGAGAGCAUUCUAGCGCUGGACAAGGUACAACAGAACCGCAAAUUGACUCGAAAUACUUUUCACCAAAGGUUGGCGCCGAGGUUGCUGCCUUGAAAGAUAAACUCGACUCCGGUGUUGGGUUAACCCAGCAACCCAGCAGACAGACAAUGCGGUUAUUGAAGUCAUCUCAUUCCGAUGCAUGCCCCGACUCCGCUGAGCGCACAUCCGGAUCGUUGCUCAGUCAGGUAAGGAGCACUACCUCUGGCUCCGAUACCAGCCGUACGGAAACUCCAAAUAGUCAAUCACUAGUCAAGGGUCCCCCACUGGAGAGAGUGCAAUCCAUGAUGGGGAGUCCCAUAGGAGCUACUCAAACGAAAGACCAGGAUACGAUGUCAUUCCUCGCCGGGAUGUGCAACUCGGGUCUAAGUACAGAUGAGGCAUUGGAAGAAGAAGUUUUUCUCAAUCCUGACCUUGGCUUGGACUCGAACGGAAUUCCGAGCUUCACGUCACCUUCAGCAUUCCUUAGCAGCACUUCGCCAAGCUUUGGAGUCUCUAGUGGCCUUACUCAAGGUCGACAGCCCGAGCUAAUUGCCCAGCCGAGGCUCCUUGGAGAGAGACCAGGGACUACGGCAGGACUAGAUUCUCCACAAUCUGGCAAGGGUGGAAACGAGCCCGGAGUUAUCAUCGAUGGGAAUGGCUUCGCGCAUAUUCUAACAGUUGCUGAAGAGGCGCAGCGGAACCUCGAUCUGCAACAAGCAGUCAUGGCAAAGAUGAAAGCUAAUGCGACUGAUUCUAACUCGAAUGCAUUGCCCCAGACACCAAAACAAGCCUUGCUGCACAAAAAUCCACAAUCAGAGCACCAAACAAUCCCUUCCAGACACCAAACGUCCUGGUCACAUAGGAGCAAAGCAACUACACUGAAUUGGAAGCCUCACACAGAAACACCUUCAUCCUCCAAUAAUAAACCCAACCUUUUCCAGAAGAUUACCGGCUUUUUCAAAACGCGAAGGGGCCCUGGCCAAGCAAACCAUGCUCUGGUGGAGCAGCCCUUUGGCAUUACCCACUGAUAAUGCUUUUAUUAUCAUUGAGCGUCGGGAAUCUCCCGAUGUAUUUUCGUUCUACGCGUCUUCUCACAUUAAUUGCCAUGUAUCUGUGAAGCGAUCCUACUGGAUUUAUUAGCGAUAGUAUUUGUAUCCGUGUUUAUGUAUGGGGACCUUGAAGUUCUGUUCUGAUUGCAUGUUUUAAUAGCGAAGCAUGAUGCAUCUGCUUUAGUGUUGCGUCUUUCUUGUUACCUCCCCUCCCUUCUCUUACCUUUCCUUU